AUGUUUCGAGACAUCUAUCUCAACAACAUUCCCCAAGGCUUGCCGUCGACGGUCCAGGAGCUUACGUUUGCAGCACUCGACGCGCUCCCCAACGCCGGCGACGCGGACCAGGACUCUGUCUACCGAGGCUUUGCUGUCAACAACGACAUCUCGGCGGAUGCCGCCAACUGCUCGGCCGUCAACGGCACGAUCCAGCGGCUCUGGAAGUCCGCAAGCAAGUACGUUGUCGAAGUCUGCGUGCUGCCGGUGGCUCCAUCGACAACGAGUCCUCCAUCGCCUCCUCCGAGGCCAACGCCGUCGAGUAAGACCGAACCCAUGCAACAUCACUUUCUUACGCUCUCAGUAGACAUGGGCCUCAUCAUCGGUGUCGUCGUCGGCGGUCUCGUCGUUCUCGGUGCCAUCGCCGCCUUUGUCAUUUUGAAGCGCCGCACGGUUAAACCGCCGCCCACACCUGUCUACUAUCCCUACGAAGGCGGUGACAACUUCGACACGGUCAACGACGGCCGCACGUUCGGCUCGAAUGGCACCAAGAUUGUAGACACCAACGGCACGUGGGGAGCUACGAGCGGUUACAGAAAUUAAGGUAAUUCAGCA